AUGUCUAAAAAAGACUUAUUAAGAUGUGAAAUUCCAAUUAACCCAAGUGAACUAGCUAUCACUAAAUUGUUGAACCCUAAACCUAAGUUUGAAUACUUUUAAUCAUCACUUUUAUAAAAAGUCUAGAAUUUUUUACCAGAAUUUAAAAAAGCAAAUGAAUAACUUGAAAAUACUGAUAAUUUAAAACAACUUUAAAUAAAUGAUGAAAAUGCAUUGUUAAGAAUACAUAUAAAAGAUCUUAUACCAGAUCCUAAAUUGAGAAGCAAAUUUAGAAGAACUGGAAGAUAAUAAAAAAUGAUUAAUAUGGUAAUUAUAAAUAAUUGAAUAGCUAAGGAUUUGUAUAUGGGAAUUAUGGAUACAAACAAAGAAUUUAAGGAAUGA